AUGACCACUGCUGAGGCAUUCAUGGAGUUCAGGUCCUGUCUGGAUACGGCCAUGGCGUUGGGUCUGCUUGACUCGGCUCAGCUGGACGAGCUACAGGCUCGCUUGGCCGAGGGCGAGGAGAUGAUCGGUCGGUAUGCUGAGGCAAACAUAAGGAUGACUGAGGGAUGCUCUCUCGAGCAAGAGCUGUCAGUGAUAAAAGACCAAGUCCAACCUGCCAUGGCCCGCUUGAAGGAAAAUGACCUCGUCAUCCAAAGAGAGAAUGAGGAACUUGCGCAGGUCGAGGUUCAGAUUGCCGAGCUCCAGGCCCGUCGAGAUCUCAUCCUUCAGUGUCGAGAUGGUGCGGUCGCGGUCGGAACUGAGCUGAAGUCUUCGGCCAGGCAAAUCAUUAAGGCGGCGACCGAGAAAAAGAGGGCAAUGGCCGAGAGAAAGUUGAUCUGGGCGAGGUGGCAGGCGGAUAUAGAUGGUGAGGACAUUGCCUGGAGAAGGAUAACAUGCCUAAUCUGGGGGAUGUUUAGUGAAGGGGUUUAG